AUGGCUGCCAACGGGACUGUCACCCCCCAACAGCUCGAAGAGGCAAAAGCCAAGUUCAAGGAGGAUGGAUGGGCGGUAAUCCCCAACGUGAUUGACGCGGAGAAGACCAAGGAGGUGCUGGAUCGCCUCUGGAAGGCCAAGGAGGAGAGUGAGCGUCGAGGCGACCCUACGCGCCUGGAAUGGCUCGACCCCAACGAGAGCAACGUCCGUGUUUUCUACCUGAUGGAACUGGACCCCAUCUUCCGGGAAUUGAUCCAGCAUCCGGUGGCCAUUGAGAUGGUGCAGUCGGCGCUGGGAAAGAACUUCCUCGUCUCCAACUUCACCGCCAACAUUGCGCGCCCCGGGUCCAAGUCCAUGGGCCUGCACUCGGAUCUCUCGCUGCAGUGCCCCGACCCGUGGCUGUCGACGUGGGGUCUGAAUGUCAUCUGGUGCCUGACGGACAUCUACUACGAGAACGGAGCGACGCUGUACAUCCCAGGCAGCCAUCACUGGAAAACCAGGGCGGACGUCCCGCCGGACGAAGAAGCGAAGAAGAUGCUGGUGCCGUUCGAGGCCAAGGCCGGUUCCAUCGUGGUGAUGGACGGCCGCCUCUGGCACACCUCCGGGUGCAACAUCACCAAGGACGUCGAUCGAGCGCUCCUGUUCGGGGCAUACAACGCGCCUUUCCUGCGCGGCCAGGUCAAUUGGGCCGUGGGUCUGUCGGAGGAGACGAAAGCCACGUUGAGCCCGCAGCUGCGGGAGUGGCUGGGGGUCAACCGGGACGGCAACCUUGGAGUGGUAACGGGUGUAAACGAUGUGUUUGUCGAAGAUCCAAACUACUGCAUGCCGGUUGGAAAUCAAGAGGAGGGAUCAGUCCUCCGUGCAGUGCCGGCAGACGGCUCAACGUUGUGGGUGAAGUCUGGACAACGGAUGGACUCCGUAACAUUCACGCCAAUUCCUAUUCCUCUGUCGUUGGCUGCUUCGCUGCAGUGGGGUUGGCCUGGUGAGCUGGCGCGGCAGCUAAACGGGGCGGGAAGAUCGUCUACAAUUUUAAAUCUUAACACGGCGCUGUUAAGGGCCGGAUGA